AUGUCUGCCGUCUCCGCAAGAUUUGUCCAAGUCGCAAGCAAGACCGUCUCCAGAGUGCCUCGGUCAGUCAGUGCUGGCCUUGUUGCCUGUGCGUCAUCGAGGAUUGUCCAGCGAGUUACUGGCCCACAGGUUGUGCGAGACACUUCAAUGAACCACCCCCUUUGGUCAAGUGCGCACAUGCGCAGUUACAGUAGUCGUCCAGCCGAUGCUGUCAUGUCGGUUCGCCCAAAGGUCACCCUAGCCACUCUCCGCAAGUUGUACAAGCGCGGGGAGCCCAUUACUGUUAUGACCGCCCACGACUUCCCCACCGGAACCCUGGUCGACAAGGCCGGCAUUGACAUGACCCUCGUCGGCGAUUCCCUUGCCAUGGUCGCCCUCGGUCAUACCUCGACCUCAGAAAUCACCAUUGACGAGAUGUUGCACCACUGCCGCGCCGUUGCCCGAGGUACCCGAUCCAGUUUCUUGGUUGCUGAUAUGGCCUUUGGCACCUACGAGACCAGUCCUGACCAGGCUGUCACCAAUGCUGUGAGAAUGAUGAAGGAAGGCAAGGUCGAGGGCGUCAAGCUCGAGGGUGGAAAAGAGAUGGCCCCCACCAUUGCGCGGCUCACUCAGGUCGGCAUUCCUGUCAUCGGUCACAUCGGUCUCACUCCACAGCGUCAGGCCAGCUUGGGCGGUUACAAGGUCCAGGGCAAGACUGUCGCCAAAGCCAAGGCCAUGAUCGAGGACGCGAUUGCCCUUCAGCAGGCUGGUUGCUUUGCAAUCAUCCUCGAAGCCGUCCCUGAGCCAGUCGCAAGACAUAUCACAGAUAUCCUUUCCAUCCCGACGAUUGGUAUCGGUGCUGGUGCUGGCUGUUCUGGCCAGGUCUUGGUCCAGCAGGACAUGCUCGGUCUCUACGGACAGGUACCUCGGUUCUGCAAGACCUACCGUAGUCUGGCAGACGACAUUGUGGGCGCGUUGAGGGAGUACAGUGCCGACGUCAAGUCGCGUGCGUUUCCUGCCGAGGAGCAUUGCUACCCUAUGCCUCAGGAGGAGUUGAAGCGUUUCAUGAACAUGGUCCACGAACAAAAGGAGGAUGAGCAGAAGGGUGCUUCUGCCUCUGUUGGACAUGCUUAA